AGCUUCAAGCAGGCAAGUCAUAUCCACCUUUUGUUUACAGGUCGGAAACUUCCUUGUCUCCUUCCUCGUACCUUACUCCACUUUUAACGCCAUUAACCAAUAAUUUCGUGAUUUCAUAUCUGUUGCGAUAUGGGUAUUCUCUCUCUCCCAUAAAUUACCUCGAGGUGAUGGAGGAGUGAGCAUUGUUCGGUGAAUGUGGCCAUUUAUUUUACAGGACCCGGUGUUUAUGAGGAGAGGGGAAUCUCUCUCUCACAUAAAUUCCCUCAAGGUGCUGGAAGAGUGAGCAUUGUUCAGUGCAUCUGGCCAUUUAUUUUACAGGAGCCUGUGUUUAUGAGGAGAGGUUACGGUUUCGAUUAAUUUCAUGAGAGAUCGAAGUGAAAUUUUCAUUUCAGUUAUAUGUUGAUUUCUUAGAGAGAGAAACCAUUUACCAGUGGAGAUUGCUUUAGAGCGAGAGCGAGAGCGAGAGAGAGAUGGCAGGAAUGUUGCCUGGUGUGGAGGCAGCGAGGAGGAGGAAGACCCACAGUAAGGAAACUCACGUUGAGCGAUGGGCACCGCGAUCGCGUCGAUUCGAAGAGGAUUCAAGCACCAUGGGGGAGGCCGCUUUGAAAGCCCGUAGGAACCUCGAUUCCAAGCUGGGGAACCGCCUCCUGAGGUGCAGGCCAAGGGAUGAAAGCGGUAGCAAGGAAGAGAGAUGUAAUAAAGGAAGAGAGAGAAUAGAGAUGGAGAAGGAAGUGUGUGGCGUGUGUUUGGAUGAGUUAGAAUCAGGGGAGGGUCUGACUCGAUUGCCAUGUUCUCAUUCUUACCAUUCUCAUUGUCUUCUCCCUUGGCUCUCUCGCUCCUCUCAUUGUCCCUACUGUAGAGCCCAUGUUCCCCUUGUGCCCAAUUCCCUCUGAUUAUAUUUAUUUAUAAAUGGAAAAUGUGGUGUUGCGUUCUAU